UGAGAAAACGAAGAGGAGAGAGACAUUUGAGUUUGAGAGUGGAACUGCGGAACAGUGGAAGUGGAAGAAGGAAGGAAGGAAGGAAUGAGAUCGGAAGCGGGUCUGCCGAAGUGGGCGACAGAGCCUUGCAUCAUGGGCAUCGAUGAAGCUGGUCGAGGCCCUGUUUUAGGACCAAUGGUGUACGGAUGCUUGUACUGUGCUCGCUCCUACAAGAACACUCUCUCCUCUUUGAACUUUGCAGAUUCUAAGACAUUAAAGGAAGAGAAGAGAGAGGAAUUAUUUGAGAACUUAAAAGCUGAUGAAUCGAUUGGAUGGGAUGUUGACGUCAUUGAUCCUAGAGAGCUUUCAGCAAAAAUGCUAAAGAAAAAUAAGAUAAACCUAAAUGAGAUAUCACAUGAGUCUGCAAUUGGGCUUAUCACAAAAGUACUAAACAUGGGAGUCCUUUUAACUGAGGUUUAUCUAGAUACAGUUGGGGAUGCUGAAAAGUACAGAACUAAACUGUCUGAAAGAUUUCCUGCUGUCAAAUUUGUAGUCUCGAAGAAAGCCGACAGUCUUUAUCCAGUUGUUAGUGGAGCAAGCAUAGUAGCAAAAGUUACUAGAGAUCGAGCCUUGCGAGAAUGGGUGCUUGAUGAAACAGCUGAAAACAUGCACAGAAACUUUGGUUCUGGAUACCCUGGAGAUCCUGCAACCAAGGCCUGGCUGCAACAUCACAAGCAUUCAGUAUUUGGCUUCCCAACAUUGGUUCGCUUCAGUUGGGGUACAUGCACUCCCUAUAUUAAAGAACUGGUCGAGGUCUUGUGGGAAUCCGACAUAGAUGAAGAUAGCGGUUGUGGCAAGCAACAAUUAAAGUUAAGCAAUUUUGGUGUCACAACAUCAAAGAGAAAGAUUGAAGAAAUUGAGUCAACUGGUAAAGGGCGCUGCAAAUUCUUCCAGGCUCGUAAGCUGGAGCAACUCACUCAUUUCUGACGAUGCUAGAAUUAUUCAUUCUUGUCCUUGUAUUUGUUCUACUUAACCUUUGUCCCUUUACCUUGUUUACUUAAAAUCUUUUUCAUUUACUCUUGACGGUAAUAUAGUAAGAAGGAUUUAGCAUAACUUUUGUGACACAUUGAUUGUUUUCAACAUCAUGAUUGGAUAGUUUCGCACAUUUCCGCAUUGCCAUAGUUGCAUGUACAAAUGUCUUGAGAAUUUUAUA